GGCGCGUACCCGCAACAAUAAAUUAAACCUUUAAUUUUACAAUACUUUGGGUCACUCAUUACUUUUGCUAGUACUUUACUAAUUAUUUGAUGAGAAAUUGGGGCUUUAAUAUUAUUAUUAUUGUGUUCUUCAAAUUGGCAGCUGUCAGUGGCCAGUGACAGUAAUCAGCUGAUGGGGCUGCAAGUAUGGAAAGCUCCGAAGCCCCCUCAAGCGGAAAAGACUCGUCGCAAUGUAAAGUGUUGAUCGUGGGGGCGGGCAUGGCGGGGCUCUCCGCCGCCUACCACCUCUCCAAGAACGGUUUCAACGACUACAAGCUCCUGGAGGCCCGCAACCGGGUCGGGGGCCGUAUCGUGCAAAUUAAAAUGGGGAGCGAACCGGUGGAACUGGGGGCCAACUGGAUCCACGGAGUGCUGGGCAACCCCGUGUACGAACUGGCAAUGCAGCACGGUCUCGUCGACAUUAUGCAAACGCCCAAACCCCAUAAAGUAAUCGCGGCGACCGAAAACGGGAAGCAAGUCCCUUUUGCAACCUUGCACGAAAUCUACGAAGCAUAUCUGUGUUUUCUGCGGCGCUGCGAGGAGUAUUUUUUAUCGCAGUAUUUGCCCCCUGAAGGCAUCGACAGUGUGGGUGAUCACAUUAAGUUAGAGAUUAGUUUGUAUCUGGACAAGGUCCAGGACCCGCGUGAUAGACACUUGAGGGAACUGUUGUUUGAGUGUUUGUUGAAACGGGAGACUUGUAUCAGUGGGUGCGACGAUAUGAGCGAAAUUGACUUGCUCGAGUUGGGGACGUACACGGAGCUGCAAGGGGGGAAUAUCACGCUUCCAGGGGGGUACAGCUCCAUUUUGGGGCCCGUGACGCAAGCCAUUCCCGCGGAAAACCUGCUAGUGGGGCACCCGGUGUCCCAAAUCCGGUGGAAUCUCAACAAGAGGAACAGUAUCGACAACGGGAACGACUCGGAUGAUUCCGACCGGACUGUGAUUGAGGAAACCACGAAAGAAUCAAAUUCGCCCAACGUUGAAGUACAUUGUGAUAACGGGAAAGUAUUCAAAGCCGACCAACUCAUCUGCACCAUUCCGUUAGGGGUCCUAAAGUACAAUAAAGACACUCUUUUCCAACCACCUUUACCCGAAUAUAAACGCGAGGCGAUUGACCGGUUGCUAUUCGGGACCGUAGAUAAGAUUUUACUAGAGUACGAAAGACCGUUUUUACACCCCAGUAUUACCGAAGUUUUGCUCUUGUGGGAGUCAGAUACUGAGCAUCCCGAAGGUCAGAAUGACCUGAGCAAAAAUUGGUACAAGAAAAUCUACUCGUUUUCCAAAAUCACUGAAACUAUUAUCCUCGGCUGGAUUUCGGGGAAAGAAGCUGAGUAUAUGGAGACGUUGUCAAAAGACGAGAUUAAAGACACCUGCACGACUGUUUUACGGAAGUUCCUCAAUGACCCUUUCAUACCCAAACCAAAAAAUGUAGUUUGCACAAGCUGGCACAGUCAGCCCUAUACCCGCGGCUCCUACACUGCGAUAGCCGUGGGGGCCUCACAGAUCGACAUCGAGUGUCUGGCACAACCCCUAUUCCUCGACGAGGAAGAAACUAAACCUGUGGUAUUAUUCGCUGGCGAACAUACCCACUGUAAUUUUUACUCAACAGUUCAUGGGGCUUAUUUAACUGGGAGAACAGCGGCACAAGCAGUUUUACACGCAGAUGCCCCCCAGGAAAUGGUGCUAGAUUGUGAAGAUGAUGCCGAUUUGAGUUCGUGGGUGCAAGGAAUCUGUCUUGAGUAACUGCCUUAAAUAUUGUGUUUUCGUUAAUUUGUGAACGACUAGUAGUCAAUUUUAGGACCGCUUAACUUUUUGUUACCGUUUAAACUAUCACGGCUUCAUUGGUCAACGAAAGUUGAGUUACUAUGGUUAACUGUGGUAAUUGGUCAAAGAAGCUGUGAAAUCAGUUGUUACUUUUAUAGGCUUUACAUGAUGUAUGCUAGUCAUUUUUUUAAGAUUGACAUUGUUUCAUUAAAAAAUACACAAUUUUA